AGAAUAAAAAGUAAAGAAAAACAAAAACAAAAACAAAAACAAAAACAAAAGAUCGCCUAGAUCUUAAACCCAGUCGAGGGGUUUUAUAUUUCAUCACCACCCAAAAUUCCUAAAAUCUUCCUUCUUUCCUCCCUCCAUUUCUUCUUCUUUCUAGCUGCCGCUUGACAGCUGAAAGAGAAGAGAGAAAAAAUGGUGUGUGGUCCACUCCUCCGUUCUUUAUUCUCCGCUGCCACUAAAAACGCCACCAUCAAAAGCAAACCCUACUUAAACCCUUGCACUUUUCCUCUCGUUCGAUCUUUCUCCGCCGCAUCCGCCGCCGCAUCCGCCGGCGGAAACCUCGACCCGUCACUCGACCCUUCACGCCUUCGCAACGUCGCUGUGAUUGCGCACGUCGACCAUGGAAAAACUACACUUAUGGACCGACUUCUCCGCCAAUGCGGCGCUGAUAUCCCCCAUGAACGCGCUAUGGAUUCUAUCAGCCUUGAGCGCGAGCGAGGAAUCACUAUCGCUUCUAAGGUCACAUCUGUUCCAUGGAAGGAGAAGGAUCUGAACAUGGUUGACACGCCUGGACAUGCAGACUUUGGUGGGGAGGUUGAGCGAGUUGUUGGCAUGGUUGAGGGUGCAAUUUUAGUUGUAGAUGCUGGUGAAGGUCCACUUGCCCAAACAAAAUUUGUUUUGGCAAAGGCUUUAAAGUAUGGUUUGCACCCUAUUUUGCUCUUGAACAAGGUAGAUAAACCUUCAGUGUCUGAAGAGAGAUGUAAUGAAGUGGAAAGCCUGGUAUUUGAUCUUUUCGCGAAUCUUGGUGCUACAGAGGAACAGUUGGAUUUUCCUGUUCUCUAUGCCUCUGCUAAAGAAGGAUGGGCAUCAUUAGAAUACACCAAGAGUCCCCCUGAAGAAGCUAAGAAUAUGUCAGAUUUGCUUGAUACCAUAAUCAGACAUGUUCCUCCCCCAACAGCAAGCCUUGAUGCUCCUUUCCAGAUGCUGGUCUCGAUGAUGGAAAAGGACUCCUUUCUUGGGAGAAUAUUGACUGGUCGCAUCUCAUCUGGAGUAAUCCGUAUUGGCGACAAAGUGCAUGGACUGCGUGGCACUGAUACAGGAGUUCAAAAGAUUGAAGAAGGGAAGGUUGUGAAAUUGAUGAAAAAGAAGGGCACAAGCAUGGUUUCUGUUGACAGUGCUGGAGCUGGUGAUAUCGUUUGUAUGGCAGGAUUGGGAGCUCCGUCCAUAGGGCAUACUGUUGCAAAUACGGAGGUCAUGACUGCACUUCCUACAGUUGAGUUAGAUCCUCCAACCAUUUCAAUGACCUUUGGUGUGAAUGACUCGCCAUUGGCUGGUAAAGAUGGUAUUCAUUUGACUGGUGGAAAAAUUGGUGAUCGAUUAUUGGCAGAGGCAGAAACAAAUCUUGCUAUAAAUGUUAUCCCUGGUUUAUCAGAAUCAUUUGAAGUACAGGGAAGGGGCGAGCUCCAACUGGGCAUCUUAAUUGAGAAUAUGAGACGUGAAGGUUUUGAACUGUCUGUCUCACCACCCAAGGUCAUGUACAAAUUUGAAAAUCGUGAAAAACUUGAACCAUUGGAGGAAGUGACUAUAGAGGUCAAUGAAGAGCAUGUGGGUAUCGUCAUGGAGGCCUUGUCUCAUAGGCGAGGUGAAGUUGCUGACAUGGGACCUGUGCCUGGCCAUGUUGGGAGGACGAGAUUGUCAAUGAUAUGUCCGUCGAGGGGAUUGGUUGGUUAUAGAAGUGUGUUCUUUAGUGUCACACGUGGAACUGGAUUCAUGCACAGGGCGUUCCAGGCUUAUGCGAAGUACCGAGGCCCCUUGGGGAAUGUUAGGAAAGGAGUACUGGUGUCCAUGGGAAAUGGAACUAUAACAGCUCAUGCGCUAAUGAGUCUAGAAGCACGUGGAAUCCUAUUUGUGAAUCCUGGGAUGGAGGCAUAUGAUGGUAUGAUCAUUGGAGAACAUUCUCGUGACACGGAUCUUGAUGUUAAUCCUGUACGGGCAAAAGAGCUCAAUAAUAUACGUGCUGCUUCUAAGGAUGAAAAUGUGAAGCUGUCUCCACCACGUCUUAUAAAUCUAGAAGAAGCAAUUGGUUAUGUGCAGUCUGAUGAACUGAUAGAGGUUACCCCCAAGGCUAUUCGAUUAAGGAAAAGAUAUCUUGACGUAAACAAACGCAAAACAAUGAGCAAAAAGCCUAAGGAAUAAAGACUUGAUAAUUAUCAGGGUAUGAAGUUUUGUACCCUUGAUGAACCAUACUCGCAUUUUGUGGGGGCAGGUUGCCUACAAAGGCGAUUCAACAGAGGCUACUGAGAAGUAACGAGCUAAAAGCUCGAAGACCAAAGUUUCUGACCUGCUCUUGUAUAAUUUAUAUCAGGACUGAGGCAUCUAGUUGUGAGGAUGAGUUUAGUUUUUUGAGUUUAGGUUUAUUUUCGGUGAUUUACAAGCAUAUAUUGGUGAAAAAGAAAAGGAAACAGGAGUAAUACAAAUUUUGUAUUGAAUUUUAAAUCUACAGAAAUAAAUUUACAAACUGGUAUAUAUGUGAUGUAAAACAAAGAUACGUGGAGAGCGAGUAAUUUUUUUGGCCGUAAGCAGUUAGUUUGUUCAAGUUAAAACUUCUGAUUUUCUUGUUUAAAA